UCGAUGUGUCUCGAUGUGUCUCGAUGUGUCUCGAUGUGUCUCGAUGUGACAACAGCCGCAGCGACAGCCGCAACGAUGGCGACAACAACGGCCACGGCUGCAUCCACAAUCACGGCGACGACGAGGAUCGUGUUUUCGAUCCACUGCGACGACCAUCAGGUCCGUGACGGCAACCAUCCGAUCUGUGGCAACAAUCACCAUGUUCUCGAGCCACAGCCACAGCCACAGCCAACGCCAACGUCGGCAGGCUGGAACACCAUGCGAUGCAGUGUGGUGCGGUGCCGUGCAGUGCACCCGGCACCAAUGUCCAUUUGAAUGAGGAGGGACGACGGCAAUCCGACAGAGGGUAGUCGAGCGAGAUGUGCGGUGGGAUGUGGGAUGUGGGAUGUG